AUGUUUAGAAACAAUUAUGAUAACGAUUCUGUUACUUUCUCUCCACAAGGACGUAUCUUUCAGGUCGAAUAUGCUUCGGAGGCUGUGAAACAGGGAAGUGUUGUCGUGGGAAUAGUUAGCAAGACUCAUGCUGUUCUUGUAGCUUUAAAGAGAAACGCAGAAGAACUCUCCUCGUACCAAAAAAAAGUAAUCGCCAUUGACGAGCAUCUCGGCCUCGCCCUCGCCGGUCUCGCCUCCGACGCCCGCGUCCUCUCCAACUUCAUGAAAAACCAAGCCCUCUCCUCGCGCCUAACCUACGACCGAGCCAUCCCCCUCGAACGCCUCGUGGCUUCCAUCGGCGACCGCGCCCAAUCCAAUACUCAACACUACGGCAAACGACCCUACGGCGUCGGACUCCUCGUAGCCGGCGUCGACGAAACCGGCCCCCAUCUCUUCGAAUUUCAACCCUCGGGCAUGACGCACGAAAUGGUAGCGUGUGCGAUUGGCGCGCGGUCGCAAAUGGCGCGCACGUAUCUAGAGAGACAUUUGGAGGAAUUUGCAGAGUGUGGGAGAGAGGAAUUGGUGAAGCAUGGGUUGAGGGCGCUGAAGGAGAGUUUGGCGCAGGAUAAGGAGUUGACGGUUGAGAAUACGAGUGUGGGCGUGGUGGGGUUGAAGCCUAAGGGUGAGAAGGGUAUUGAGGCUUUCAAACUUUUUGAUGGGCAGGAUGUUAAGCAGUGGGUUGAUUUGGUCGCUGAUGGUGCUGAGGGUGCUGAGGGUGCGGAGGCGGCUGAUAGUAUGGAGGUAGAUGCUUAG